CGACUUGAAAAAUCUUGAAAGUCCUACGGUCGAAACAAUACCUGCUUGUGUGAACGUUGGAAUCCACUCGAUCAUUAUCAAGUAUGCCAUUAAGAAGGGAUCCCGCAUUGGCUGCUGCUCAACGAAUGGUUCGAGAAGCGUUUGAGGAUCUAAACAAAGCCGUGUCACCAGCUGACUCGGGAGAUUUCGAAACAACUACUCUGCAGAGCGUGCAGAAUGCGGCACUAGAGAUCGAGAAUCAGCUCGCAGCAAGGCAGUCCUUGCGCAAUAUGCGUCGUCUCAUGCCCCUAUUCUCUGGAUUAGGCCACUACGCAAAAACUAUUGAAGUUCUCUGCAAUGGAACACCUUACCUACCAUGGAUCUGGGCUCCGAUCAAAUUGAUAUUGAAGAUCUCCUCAGAUUACGUGGAAGCCUUCGAGCAGAUUGUUAAAGCUUAUUCGCGAAUAGGAGAAUCCUUGACAAGAUUUAAAGUCCUAAGUGAGACUUUCAGUCAAAAUACCGAGUUCCAGCAGACCUUUGCAGUUUUUUACGUCGAUAUUCUGCAAUUUCACAAAGAAGCCUACAAGUUUGUUCGAAGAAGCGGUUGGAGAAUCUUCUUUCUAACUUCCUGGGGUCGUUUUCAACGAAGGUUUGACAGUAUUCUUGAAGACCUAGCAAGACACGAGCAACAGAUUGACAAAGAAGCCAACGCUUAUAACAUUUUCGAGGCAAGAAACAUGAGAAAGGCUUUAGAGGAAUGGAGGCAAGAAAACCUAGCUAAAGUCAAGCAUGAGGAGGAAGAACAGACUGCUAGACAACUCGAGGCUAUUUGCAGAUGGUUAAAGAAAAAUGAGACGGACCAAUCACUCAUCUUCGACCGAGCAUCAACUGAAGGAUCAAAACAUCCUGGGACGUGUUCGUGGGUUACGAAAAAUUCCAAAAUAUCGACGUGGCUUCGGAACGACCAGUCAGACGUGCCUUUUAUUUGGCUCCAGGGCAACCCUGGAACUGGAAAGACUGUCAUUGUUGGACAGUUAAUUAAGUUUUUGAACAGUUCUCCUACGUCCUUUGUCGUGUCUCACUUUUGCACGUAUUCGUAUGCAUCGUCGAUCCAGUACGAUGAGAUUCUCAAAUCCUUACUUUUUCAAAUGCUUCUUGCGAAUAGCGAUGCGGUUGCGCAUAUAUACGGAGUAUAUGUGGUUGAACGGAAACAAACUAGUAUUUUACUUCUAGAGCAGCUUCUACAAACAGCUAUAACCGCCUGGCUAGAGGAUCGUGGUCACCAGCAUACGUUACACAUGCUUGUCGAUGGACUGGAUGAGGUGGACUCAGAGAAACAAAACCGCAUCAUCAAUGUGAUGAAUCGAAUACUGAAGGCUAGCCCAUUACGUAGCGGAACCCUCAAGGUUCUUUUCUCUUCUAGAAGUUCUCAACUUCUCAAUAGAGCGCUUAGAAAGAAACCAACCAUUUCACUAAGUGAUGAGAAGGAUAGUCUAGAACUCGGAAUCUGUGCCUACGCCGAACAGAGAUUAAAGGCACAGACUCAUCGUCUUUCCCAGCUUGGGCUUCAGGACGCUGACUUCGCAGAUAUCGGACAAAGUAUAGCCAGACGAGCGGAUGGUAUGUUUCUUUGGGCUCGUCUGGUCCUUGACUAUCUCACACACAACAUGUUCUAUAACAAUCGAGAAAUUUGGGAUGCAAUUGAGACCCUACCCCGCAAACUGGCUGAGUUCUACGAGCGGGUGUUAGUUCAAAUGAUGACCAACUUUGAUAGCCGAUCUGUCGAUCGAAUGAGGAGCAUAUUCGGAUGGAUAGCAUUUGCCAAGCGACCCCUUCGUAAAUUCGAGUUAAGAUCAGCGCUGUCCUUUGAUGCUCGUGAUCCCAUGGCGAAUGACCCUGUUCCCCACUACAUUUUCGAUAUGGCUGUACCGCUUAUUGAGGAGCGUCUUGACUCGACUCUCGCUUUUAUACAUGUUUCUGUCAAAGAUUAUCUGGAAAUGUCCGAUAGCAAGUUGCCUAUUGUCCGAGAUAAAGCAAUCUAUAAACACGGCCUCGCAUCUGCUACUUGCCUUGAGUCAGGGUUGAAUGUUUUCAAUCCAGGCUUUUCGGACUACGACCGUAACACUAGAGUAUUGAAAGGCCUACACGGCUUUCAUGUCUAUGCCAACGAAUAUUGGAUUGAUUAUGUCUUAGAGGCUCUUUCAUCAACAGAUCCGCAAAUACGGCACUCUGAUCUACUAGCGACGUUGGAAAGGCUUUCCAAUAAAUUAGCAAGCUUGGACAUCUCAUCUUAUGCUACAAGUAAAGAGAGCCAGUUCACAUCUUCAGGGGAACUCCUUGAUUUAAUUAAAGAGUAUCCAGCAUUAUAUAAGAAUGCGAAAAUUACGUUGCAAGCACGAGCUCGGAAGACCUUAGGUAGUAUGACUGACCAAGAAGAGUAUUUAUCGGCUGAACUGCAACCGAUUCAGGAACUUGGAGACGCCUUGAAGAACUAUCAAGCAACUAUUCGAGCUCUCCUCGUUCUACGCAACUUUCCUGCGAUAACAACGGAGGAGCUAGAGCAUUUUCAGCAAGAACAUAGCAUAAGCGCAUUUACCUGUCGUUUACCCUCUUGUCCUCGAGCCACGGUGGGGUUUGAAAAUAAGGAAUCGCAGCUGAAACAUGAGGCUACUCAUGCACCAUGUAUCAAAUGUUCCUUCCCUGGCUGCCAAUACCCCUCAUUUCGAUCUGCACGGGCGUUGAAGAAUCACGAGGUCAAUUGCCAUAAUAGCGCAAGUGGCAGACAAAGAAUACGCAAAGCGGAUACUCUAGCCAGCCAGCAGACAACAUCUGAUCACGGUGAAGUUUCGAGGAAAUACGGGCAAGAUGCACCGCCUAAUGAAAAGGAUGCUUCCAUGGUAGAAAGGGAGAAGAAAUCUGACCUUCACAAUGAUCUAUAUGAUGACCGGGGUAGCUACCUGGGCACUACAUCUGUUAGGCCUUCGAUUUCGAAUAUAUGGGACUUGAUUAAUAUUCCAAAUAUUGAAUCUAGUUUGCCCGCCGAUCAACACAUUUCAAUAGACAAAAGUACGAUACCAAAAGUAUUUCCCCACCCACCAUAUACAACUCAAGACAAAAAUUAUGUUACACAAGGGGGCAGCUUCCAUAAUGAGAUGGAACACACCGUGACCAGGCGUCCAGGAAUGUCUACUCCGCCAUCUCCUCACAAUGGCGGGCUUUUGAAACCACCUAACCCAGCAUCGUUAAGUUCCUACAUUGAGGCAAAUUCCCUAGAUAUGAUUACGAGAGAUUGGCUCUCGUCGCCCCUAAAUACAUCACUGUUUCCGUGAGUUGCAACGGGUUUCGCCAAUGGGCAUCUCUAACUGGGGACUACGGCCUUCCAUUCACUUCUGGUAUCUG